AUUAAUAAUUAAGUGUUUACUGACGGGCUUCAUAGCCUUGUUUGCAUUUGCCUGUAGUUUAUGGGCUUAGGAACUGAACAAAGCUGAUGUUUGACUUAACGUCAUCCCAAACCCAUUUUUGAAUUCCUUUGCGUUGGCCUGUUUGUGACCCUGCCCCUAAACAACAGGCCCACCAAACAGCUAGCUUCUUAUCCAACCUCAGCAAUUGCGAGGAUUUAGAGACAAACAGAGAGAGGGAUACCGAGGAGAGAGAUGGAAACAAGCACUGAAUUGUCUGCUAGAACCCUAAACCUAAACAAUGGAGGAGAACCCAAAAGGGAAGAAGAGAAGCCGAAGGUGGUGGUAAUAAUGGGUCCAACUGGGUCAGGAAAAUCACGUUUAGCUAUUGAUUUGGCGACCCAUUUUCCUAUUGAAAUCAUCAAUGCUGAUUCCAUGCAAGUCUAUCAAGGUCUUGAUGUCCUUACCAACAAAGUUCCUCUCCAUGAACAAAAAGGAGUGCCCCAUCAUCUUUUGGGUGCUAUUGGCUCAAGUGUGGAAUUCACUGCCAAGAAGUUUAGGGAUUCUGCAAUUCCUAUCAUUAGUGACAUAUUAUCUCGCAACUGUUUGCCAGUCAUUGUUGGAGGCACCAAUUACUAUAUUCAAGCUCUGGUGAGUUCAUUCCUUCUUGAUGAUUCAACAGAAGAUAUGGAUGAAAUAUACUCAAGCGCCCUUCCUGGAAAUCAGCAGACCGAUCAUAAGGCUGAUUUCCAGGGAGACAGUUGCAAUUAUAGCUAUGAUCUUCUGAAAGAACUUGAUCCAGUUGCAGCAAACAGAAUUCAUCCAAAUAAUCAAAGAAAAAUUAAACAAUACCUUAGUCUAUAUGCUCGUUCUGGUGUUCUUCCCAGCAAAGUUUAUCAGGGAAAGGCUGCAGAGAACUGGGGCCGAGUUGAUAAUUCUAGAUACAGUUGUUGUUUUAUAUGUGUCGAUGCUGCCACUCCUGUGCUGGAUCAAUAUGUGGAACACAGGGUAGACUGCAUGAUAGAUGCUGGGUUGCUUGAUGAAGUUUAUGACAUUUACAAUCCAAAUGCAAAUUAUACUCUAGGUCUGCGACAGGCCAUUGGUGUUCGAGAAUUUGAGAAUUUUCUUGGAGCUUACUUUUCUGACAGCAGGGAUGAUGAGACAAGUGAUUUUUCUGGUUGGAAUACCUUAAAGUGGUCAACGAGGAUGGAUGAUAAAUUGUUAAAAGAAAAUAUAAGGGGAAUACUAAAUUCCUCUAGUGAUAACCUACAAAAAAUUAUGUUAGAAGAAGCCAUUGACAAAGUAAAAGCAAACACCCGGAGACUUAUUCGUCGUCAGAAAAGGAGGCUCAAUCAACUUCAGACAUUGCUUGGAUGGAAUAUUAAUUAUGUUGACGCAACGGAAUCUAUAUCGAGCAAAUCUGAUGAGUGUUGGGCAAUGCAAGUGGUUGUACCUGCUGUGAAAAUCAUUAAAUCUUUCCUCAACGGGGAUGAUGGGACAGAGUGUGCUUUGAAUGGGGAAAAUAAAACUAUAAUGGACACAGUCCAAAGGGACUUGUGGACUCAAUACAUAUGCAAGCAGGCCUGCGGAGAUAGGGUACUUAGAGGAGCACACGAGUGGGAGCAACACAAGCAAGGCCGCGGGCAUCGAAAGCGAGCAUCUCGGCUCCGGAAGGCUAAAGUUUGUCCUUAGCAGCAACAAAAACAUCUUUGGACAAUGAUGAAAUUUCAACCAUUUUUAAAAGUAUUUAUCUUGAACUUUUUUAUGACUUGCAUCAUAUUGGACUCUUUGGUUUGGCAUGGGUUUUAUUUUUCUUAUAAUUAUUAAUUAUACAUUUUUAUUU